GGAUGUCAGGACGUAGUGCGGCUGUAAUAGGUAAUCACCGGGCCAUAAAACGAUUGGGAAAGCUGUUGUAUGCAUGGUGGGAUUGACCGGCGAGAUUGGAGGGAGAUGCCCCACUUGUCAUAUAUUCACGGAUGGCGUCUAUCGCCAUAUGGAAGAACUACCUCCAAUCAGAUGACUAUGCUCCACUGCAUUGAUUGGCAAGGGAGCAUUUUGGGGUUCUCUUCCGAGACAAGAUUGUCCUCACUUUGCACACAUCAGGUGAGGUGCAUGGAUUGUCCCAGUUUAUGUUCUCGACUAACGCUCGCAUCUGCAUUCGUUGUUCAUCCAGAUGUGGUUCCCGAAAUUUUGCCAUUGGAAAGGUAUGAGCAGCUUAUCGGGCGAUGCCUGAAGAUGCUUGUUCUGUUAGGUAAUUCAUUUCAGGCAGCCCAAAUAUGCGGCAUAGAUUGCCCCGCUUCCAGGUAUCAGAAGAUGUUUGUUUAUUCCUUGGAUAUCAAGCCUUUUUCUAAGUCUUGGAGGCACCCGACCGAUCGGAUUCUGGUAAAACCUCCGAAGACAAGCUGUCCGAUAUAGUUCGAACGAGAUCAUGUGCUGGCAGAUCUGUCGGACUUACCAGGACUGCCCCCACAUGUACCGAUAUGACUAUGGAAAGUGUAGUGUCGCCAACGCUCGCCCGAAUCAGCACUUUUGUGUUGGGCCGGACGGCACAAUGCGCUCCUUGGAACGGAUCAUUGAUAUCCAAGAUCAGGAAGUUUCUGGAGUUUGUCCAGCGU